UUCUUCUUUCCAAGUUCAUAUUUUGGUUGAUUUAGAUUUGUCUAUUUGUUUUCCAAUGACGAAGAAGAUGGAGAAGAAGCGAAAAAGCAAUAACAUAAUGAAUUCAAAGUUUCCACUUCCACCCGAUAACAUAAUCUUCUCCCAAAUAGUGUGUAAAGCUUGGAAAACUUGCUUUCCAAGUUUUAAGUUGGAGUCCAACCCUUUUGAUUGCUCAAAGUUCCUGUAAUCUUCUUCAAUGUGUGGACUUGGAUCCUAAACAUUUUAUGAGUAAGCAUAUGAGAGGAGAAGUACGGUAUCAGAGAUACGUUUAUGGAUUUUGAUUUAGUCCUAAGACAAAACAGUUCAAAGUUAUAGCAAGGCACUCGUUCAGAAAUGGUGAGGUAUAUUAGUAGAGAUUUUAGCCUUUGGAACAAGUCAAGAGGAUCAGAAUCAUGAUCAGAUUUUUGAGGUUUCUCAAAAAAUAUAUAAAUGGUUGAGAAGUCAGCAAAUUUUUAGGAAGCUAAAUCGAGAAGCUAAGUAUGUAUUAGCUUUUACGCUUCACUUUUCAAAGUGAUUUUUGGUAGAUUAAUAAUAAUUUUGUUUGUAUGAUUUUCCAUAAUCACUUUUUACUAUUGCAACCGCAAUCCCGAACGAGCCUGACGCCGACGCCGUAGACUGCAUUGAUUUAUCUACCUUCGCUCUUGUUGUUAACUAUUGGAUGAAGAAGAUGGGGAAUAACAUAAUAGAUUCAGAGCUUCCAUCCGAUAUUCUUCUCCAAAUAUUGUUGUUGCUUCAACCAUUUUCCAAAUUAUUCACUUGCAGGCUAGUGAGUAAAAAUUGGAACAAAUGCAUUUCAAGUUUUAAGUUUGAUUCCAACCUUUUCAUUACCCAAAUUUCUCGUUGUCGUAGACGUAGUCGUAAUCGCCUUCACUGUGUGGAUUUGAAUCCUAACCGUUCGGAAGGGGUAAAUCUUGUUGGGUCAUUUAAGUUGCAUCCUUCAUGGUCCCCCUCCUCUACUGGAAUUGUCAAUAUUUGUAAUGGACUUCUUUGUAUCUUGAAUGGCAAACGUGUUGCAAUACUAAAUCCUAUGACAAAUGAGUACAUGGAGCUUCCGAGUAGGACCGAAUAUCAGUCGUCCGUCUAUGGACUUGGUUAUAGUCCUAAGACAAAGCAGUACAAAGUAGCAAGACAUUCGUUCAAAAAUGAUGAGUUGUUUGUAGAGAUUUUAGCAUUUGGCACAAGUUUGGCGGAUCAAGAUGGGAAUCAGAAUGAGGUUCAAAGUCAGUGGAGACACGUAGUUAGCAUAAGUACAACCUAUAAAAUGCAUCGCCAUGGUACUUACUUUAAUGGAGCCAUCUAUUGGGUUGGAGAAGGAGAGAGGUCUGAUUCAUCGGCCAAAAAUGUGUAUGUGUUGCGGCGUUUGAAUGUAACAAAUGAGAAAUUUGAAGAACUUUGGCUUCCUGAAAUUGGAUCUAUUUGGAAACAUACUUCUUAUUGUGGAGUGUUUAAUGGAAAAUUGUAUCUAAGUCAUUACGUGACGGCGGAUUCUAUGUACCAUGUGUUGAUGAUGAAUGGAAAAGGCUUGUGGGAGACACCAUUUUUUAUUAGCAUACCAAGGUUUUACAAAGGUUCGACACGUCUUGAGUCCAAUCACUUUCAACUAAUCAAACCUUGGAAGAAGGGAAAGAUUUUGUGUCUUUUCUACUCGUUUCUUUUAGUCUUGUUUGAUACCAAGAGUGGGAAGUUGGAGAAACUGGAUUAUGUCGAGGAGGAAGUUAAGAAAUCUUUUCGCAUUUGUCAUAUGGACUCCAUCCAUUUUGGUUCUCUCCCCAACAUUUUGGCAGGGAAGUAGGAUGUUGCUGCUGCUGCUGCUGCUCCAUGCACUCUUGCAUCCAUCCCCACUUCUUUCUUUCUUGAUUUUUUCAUCUUUCAAUUAAUUUUGUUCUUCCUAUUGAUGCACAUGAUUACUUUUGUUAAUUAUAUGUUGGUUUGGACAGUCUUUUAUCUCCAAAUGGUCCAUCCAGGAAGGAAUGGGAUGUGGUGUAUGAAUGGUGAUGGUGAGAAAUUUGUUGCUCUCUGAUCUGAAGAAGUUUCUUUGUGUGAUUA